AUGAGCCCACAGAUUCAUUUUCUCCCAGUAAAUCUUACCCUUGGUCAUCACGACGACCCGCAGGUAUGGCGAUUCGACGCAAGACGACACAGUGCACGUGUCUCGAAUCAGAGACAAGUUGAGCGGGAACGAGACGAACAACAAUAUUCGAGCUCGAAGCGUGCGAAACUGUUCAAAACCCCCGAAAGCGGUCUCCUGGACCCGUUCGUCGUCACUUGCACAGAUCUGACGCGAGACGAUCGAAAUCGCUUGCACAAAUAUCUCACAAACGUGCCCGCAGAUCUCUAUGGUACGAACGCCCAAUCACGCCUGUGUCCUGUUCGAGACAUUACACUUGGUCUUAUGGCCGCUAACACCGUUGUGCUCAAUUGGGUGCUCACCUCCGUCUCUUAUCGCGAAGCACGAUCACAGACACACGAUCCGGCCAGCAGUCCGCUGGUGCUCCGCCACCGGCAAUCGGUCUACCGAGCGAUGAACGAGAUGAUGAAACGCGACAACGGUCUAUCCGAAGACCUUAUGUACGGACUAGCUUUCGCGGGCCUCGUGGAGAAUCGCAUUGGAGGCCAGGCUACAGCACAAAUGCACCUGCGGGCUGCUCUAACGGUCCGCGAUCUGCGCCGUGCACAGGGGCUCAGCGUGGUCGGUCUGUUGCAUUACUUCAAGAACAUCGAUGAGAUUCGGGCGGCUCACGUUCUAAUGACGACGUUCUUCGAGGCCCUGCAGAUCGGCAAGGCCGAACGGCUCCAGCACUUCAAAAGUGGCCGAUUCAUGCCAGAAGACAAGUUCCACAAGGCCACGCAUCUUCAACUCAGACUACUCUUGAUGGCGCCAUACAACGAAACCGCGCCCGUGGAUAUCAGGAUGUUCGUUGGACUCAUGCUGAUCCUGAACCUGGCUGCCCUGGAGCUCCAUCAGCAUGUUGGUCCAGCUGAGUCGCUCGCUUUCCUCCGGCUCAUCAUCCAGUGUUUUCAGCGCAGAAAGCCUACCUGUAGUACUCCCGAGCUAGGUGCAGGGGUUGCCGUGACAGGAAUGCUGUGCAUCAGCCUCAUGUGUAUCGACUACAUGGGUCCUUCGUUCAAGCGUACUCAGCUUGAUGUCUGGCAGGUGAUAGAUAUGAUACACCUCCUCAGGCUCGGAUCUCCGCCACUCAUGGCCGCAGCGAAAUCCCAGCUGCUAUUCUGGCUUCUUGACGAUCGACCAGAAACCCCAAGAGAUGUGAAAGGAUACAAUGAUUUGCGUCGCACAGAGUCUUGA